AUGGCUAUCUACCUUAUUGCAAUACUGUCAAUUGCGAGCUAUACGACUAUCUUACUAAAGUGGACGGAGACGAUGAAUAAGUUUGCGAUGAUGAGGAUUGGCUCAGCACCUACGAAAAAGGCUCCGCUGCUUAUCACAUACCGAGAAGAUGAGAUCUCAGCGUUGGAUGACACGCCAGGGUGGAUUAGCGGCUCGCCAUUUGAAUGUCAUGAGGUAGAAGGCAAGAAGGAUGCUUCUAGCAGCAUGGAGAUACUUCAGCUCGGUGCUUCACGCAGACUUCGGGCAAAGCAGAAGUACACAUGUUAUCCGGGAGACUGGGAUGCUGCUGAGGGAAUCGGAAGGAAGUCGAGGCCACUCAGAGGUCCAUAG